AUGAUUUCUAUUUAAUAGGGAGAUAGAUUAGAGUGCUUUAAGAUUGAUAAUCACUUCAUUGGAACUUUAACAUUAUUAAAUAAUUAUCCUUCUCACCAUUGUGGUUUCAAGAUAAGAACCAACAACACUCAAGACAUACAGGUGUUACCUUAUAUCGGUUCGUUUAAGGGAUAAAAUUGCAAAAUUACAGUAAAAUGCAUAAAGUUCUAAAGAAAUGCGAAAUUGCAAAUCUUGGUCGCUGAUAUAAAUGAUCAAAACUUCAAUAAGACUGACCCAAAGUCAUUAACAUAAUACUUUGAGGCCAACAGUAGUAACCCAUAUGUAGAGAAAAUUAAAAUUGAGAUUGUUACUAUUGAUUAAAAUUUAUUAAUAAAGUAAUCAAGUAUCAUCAACUAAUCAGCUUCUUAAUUUAGAUAUUACGAAGAUCAAAUGUUUGUAAAGUAAGAGGUUACAUAUGAUUAAAAUGGCCAUCUAAUGAGAAUUGGAUAAGUACAAUAAUAAUAAUAAUAAUAAUAAUUAAUAUAAGAAUCAUCCUAAUAGAGUAGUAGAGUAUUGGAGGGUGACGAAAAAUAGUUUAUUACUUAACCAACAUUCUAGAUUCAAUGCCAAACCUUUUCAAAACAAUCCUCAGGUUCUCAAAAUAAUAUCUAGAAUGGUUAAACUCAAAAUUAAUAAGCACAUUCUUAUGAACCUUAAAAAUAGAAUGGCUUUAAAUAUGAGGUUAAGGAAGAUCCUUAGAUAAAAAUGUUGAAUUAACGAAUCAUAUCAUUGUAAAAUGAACUCGAGAAAUCACAAAUUGAAAAAAAGAGUUUAGAAUAGUAAAAGCUUUCACUCUUAAAUAAUUAUUAAGAAAAAGAUUCGUAAAUCUUUGUUUCUAUUUAACAUGUUUUUUUCUCCGCAAUCUUUUGUUUUCUACUAGGGUAUGUAGCCACAAGUUGA